CUUCUCAUGGUUAAAAACCGGAAAGCAAAUGUAACUGCCUUCUUUCUAAACUAAUUGCAUAUAUUGUUGUUCUCAGCAGUAUACCAAAAAGGGCCUCUCCAGUUCACUCUUCUCUUGGACCUGGUGGCAUGUCACCCAUCAUUCUUUCUAUGUCCAGUCUUUAGGGGGAGAAUGCAGUUGCCUAUGUAGCCAAAAUGGCACCACCCAUGCACAAAAAGGGGAGGUAUCAGCAAACUUGAGGGAGUCCUGAAAUGUGCAGAAGAGAACCCCCGGUGGGAGAGCCCCCCUGAAAACAUCCCAGUGAGGACUGAGCAUGCUCAGUAGCCAUGGAAUGAUAGUGGACUAUUGGGGCAGGGGGAUGGAAAACCAGGAAGAAGAAAUGCAGUGGCUGGAAUCCUGAAUAGUGCAACGCUGUAACAUUUUGUUGUGGGUCCCACUUAUUUUUGUAUAUUCUCAGACACAAGUGACUCUGACAAAAAUAAUCCAGGAUACAUUAUUCUCUUAUUAUUCAGACCCAGGAUCUCCCACAUGACCAAGGGGGCGGCGGGGUGUGCAUGGGUCAGCCAAGAUAACAUAGUUUCUGUCAUUCCCACCAUUCAGACUCUGGGACAACCAUCUCAGGCUUCUGUGACACCUUGUUGCCAGCAGUAGCAGUAGGAUGCCUGUGACCCAGGUAGGUGUGUGCGUGUGCGUGUGUAUCGCCCGCCCACCUCAUCUUUGUAUUUGCAGAGAAGAAAGCGCUUACACCACAUGUAGACCGCAGUCCUGUAUACAUUUACACGGGAGUAAGAAGCCGCAUUGAUAUAUAUUUUUAAAGGACAUGCUUCUGACCUGCAUAGGAUUGCACUAUAACUUCUUUAAAUCACACAUACUUUUUUCCUACUCUUGAGAUUGCUCUACAUAUAGAAAAUGAGAUGGCAAAAAUCCCUGGGCACAGGUAAUCUACACACACACACACACACACACCAUUUUGGUAUGCAAAGCAAUUACUUUUGAGUAGUUCCCAAAAACUGCUUGUCUUGCAAGCUUGGCUGUUUUCGUGAUUACUGUGGCUGGGCCCUCUUGCUAUGGUUUUGCUUGAUAAUCUUCAAUGGUUGAUCAGGAGAUUUGUUUUUGUUUUCAAUGGUUUUCAGUGGGUUUUAUUCUAGAUUCUAGGACCUAGAAUUUCUCUCUAGCAUUUGGAGUGUGUAACACCCAUCAGAGUUGGCAGAAGAGAUGAAAUAGCCAGAAGGAGUUUUUACCAUUCGAAUUGGAGCAGAGGACAGCAAGCUGUGACUUGGCUGAAGAUAGAGCCCCAGGGGGCACUAUGGAGGAAAGUGGAACAGCAUCAACCUGUCCGUCAGAAGAGAGCAGCUUGCUGGAUUUGCCAUGUCUCAUAACUGCAGAAAACUUUCUGUUGAACCCCAGCACUGGGAGGGAUGACGAGAUCCAUCAUUUCCAAAGCGCAUUUGUUUCAUCAGCAUCCACUGCAUCCGACACCGAUCCAGAUAGCACAGUCUUUACAGGGCACGAUGCUGGAGCUGAUGUAACUUCAUGGCCUAGACUCUGUGGGAGGACGCAGCCAAGCAACUGUGUGAAUACUGAACUAUUUCCACCUAGUGAACUUCCCUUAUCUUGUGUGUCUGAAGAACUCACCAUUAGGAAGUCUCUGGAUACGUUUUAUGGGACUUGCUGCCAGAAGAAGCCAUUUGGAGGGAGUCCAGCAUACGAAGCAGCUUCACAAUGUGUGUGUGCCAAAAUCACAGACCUAGCAGACAAAGAAGGAAUGGAAUAUGCUCUGAAGAGUCUCCGGAUAGCUCAGAUGGUUUUGAACCGAGAUGGAAAUAAGGUAUUUCCGCAACACACCAGCAGCGCCUGCUUUUCCACUCCCACUAAUGCGGAUGUUAGUUCAGAGGAAAGAAAGCAAAUGCCAGGACUCUCAGAUGAUAUCCUUCAGUUUAUCUUAAAACAGAAUCUAGCAAAGUGAUUUUUUUUUGGCAUAAAAUUAUUACAUUUCUGAGCACGUUUCCCUGCCCGCCUCUAAGAGAUGAUAAAAUUGGGGUGGGGGGUGGGGGUGGUACAGAAUGAAUUGUUGCAUUGCGUAGACAAAGCCAUUAAUAUAGUCAUGAAUUAACCAGAUUGUAUUCUAUAGCACAGAAUUAUUGCUUUUAAUCACUAGUGUUCUUUAGCGCACAUCCAUGAUUUUAUUUUAUUUUAUUUUUAUUUUACAAAAUGCAUAAACCGCUCUGUAUCUAAAAAGGAUUCCCCAGCAGUGAACAGUAAAGAAAAACUAUGUAAACUGUGAUGACUCCUCCGACUGUGUAAGUGAACAUAAUGCAGCCGCCUUUACAUAGAGGCAGACCAUUGGUCCAUUCAGCCCAGUAUUAUCUAUUUUGACCGGCAGUCGCUCUCCAAGGAUUCAGGCACAGGUCUUGCCCAGCCUUGCUGCUAGAGUUCCUUUUAAUCGAUUUGAACCUGGGAUGAUGUACAUGCAAAGCUGGGGGCUCUACCACCGAAAUGAGGCUCUUCCCAAAUAGCACUGCAAGGCUUAUAGAAGGGAGAUGCCAGCUGUCUGUGCACCACACUUGGGCCACAGUUCAUGUACAUUUGGAAUCCUCUUGCUAUGAAUCAGUGCUCUACUUCCAGAUUAUGUGGGAUUUACAGCACAACGCUAGGCACCUCUACAUUCAAUGUGAGUUAUUUCCAGGUAGAAUUGGAGCCUAGGAGGGAGGAUCCUAGUGCCAGCAGGUGGAGACAGUUUGCCCCCUUGAUUACAGUGAUUUGGGGUGUGUGGGUGUCUCCUGGGGAGGGAGGAAGCUGCAGCCUCCUCUCUCUCCCAGCAACCUCCACGCAACAGUUCAAAGUGCUGGUAUUAACAUUUAAAGCCCUAAACGGUUUGGGGCCAGGUUAUCAGAAGGAACGCCUCCUCUCAAAUGUACCCUAAGGUCAUCCUCAGGGGUCCUUCUCCGUGAGCCCCUGCCAAAGGAAGUGAGGCAGGUGGCUACCAGGAGGAGGGCCUUCUCUGCUGUGGUACCCCGGCUGUGGAAUGAGCUCCCUAAGGAGGUUCACCUGGCACCUACAUUAUAUUCUAACUCCAUGUGUAUGUGUAUGUGAAUGAGUGUGCAUGAACGACUGUAUGUGAAUGAGUGUGCAUGCACAUGUGAAGCCCCCAGCACCCCAACAAGGCACCCAAUAUGGUGUUGGGGGCUGAAAAGGUGGUGCACCCCUGGAUUAUAUCAACACCAGGGCAGCAAAUGCCUUCUUUGUGGUGUGGCGUAUGUUCAGAGGCUCUCUCAAGAUAUGUAUGUAGGCAAUGCUGGGCUCCCUGAUUAACCAGUGUGGUGUAGUGGCUAAGGUGUUGGACUAGGAGUCGGGAAAUCCGGGUUCUAGUCCCCACUAGGCCAUGGAAACCCACUGGGUGACUUUGGGCCAGUCACAGACUCUCAGCCCAACCUACCUCACAGGGUUGUUGUUGUGAGGAUAACAUGGAGAAGAGGAGGAGGAUUAUGUACACCACCUUGGGUUCCUUGGAGGAAAAAUGGUGGGAUAUAAAUGUAAUAAAUAAAUAAAAUAAAUAAACCACAUAUAUAGAAAUCCCUCUUAAAACCAUAUUCCAUCUUAGCACAAGCUUAAUAUUUCACUUUCAAUAUGGGUGACCCAGAUAUUUUUGGAAAGCAGUAUUGCUACUCUGUAUGCAUGAAAAUUGUUGGACUGCUAAUUCAUUGUUUUUUAAGCAUCUUUUAAAAAGUUGUAUGAUGUAUUAGCUAUUGUAUUAAAAAUUUGUACCACUGUU